UCCGCACACAGCAGAGCUUCUCUCCUCCUCUCGGUGUGAAGUUUGACUCUCCGGUAGCCUCUCGGUGUCCUCCGCUCCUCUUUACCCGAACAUGAGUCUCCUCCGGCGGUCAUGGAUCCUGUGAGCUCCGGGUGGAGUCUUCUCGCCGGCUCUGCUGCUGCUCGUGUCCGUGUUCAGCGCGCCUUCUCCCGGGGAAAAGCUGCCGAGCGAUCCUGAUCGGAUUUGAUUGUUUCCACCCUCGUGCACAGACUUGAUUUCACCUCUGAUUGAUCCGGAUCCUUUAUGGACUCCUCCAGCUCCCACUGACGGAGUUUUCUUUUCCCUUUGUGAAGAUGGAGACGGUGAUGGAGAGGGAGUGCAGCGCUCUGGGGGGGCUUUUCCAGACUGUCAUCGGGGACAUGAAGGGCGGUUAUCCUGUUUGGGACGACUUCAUCAGCAAAGCCAGCAAACUGCAGUCACAGCUGAGGACCACGGUCGUCGCUGUAGCAGCAUUCCUCGACGCCUUCCAGAAGGUCGCCGACCUCGCCACCAACAGCAGAGGAGGAACCAGAGACAUCGGCUCAGCCCUCACCAGGAUGUGCAUGAGGCACCGCAGCAUCGAGGCCAAGCUCCGGCAGUUCUCCAUGGUGUUUCUGGACUGUCUGAUUAACCCUCUCCAGGAGCAGAUGGAGGAGUGGAAGAGAGUUGCCAACACGCUGGACAAAGAUCACGCCAAAGAGUAUAAGAAAGCUCGUCAGGAGAUCAAGAAGAGAUCGUCCGACACGCUGAAACUGCAGAAAAAAGCAAAGAAAGCUGAUGUCUUUGGGCGUGGCGACCUGCAGCCUCAGCUAGACAGCGCCAUGCAGGACGUGAGCGAUAAAUAUCUGCUGCUGGAGGAGACGGAGAAACAGGCGGUGAGGAAGGCUCUGGUGGAGGAGAGGAGCCGGUUCUGCUGCUUCGUGUCCAUGCUGAGACCCGUGGUGGAAGAGGAGAUGUCCAUGCUGGGAGAGAUCACUCACCUUCAGACUCUGACAGACGACUUAAAAACUUUGACCAUGGACCCCCACAAGCUGCCGGCCUCCAGUGAACAGGUGAUCGUUGACCUGAAAGGCUCUGAAUGUACCUGGUCCUACCAGACUCCGCCCUCCUCUCCCAGCACCACCGUAUCCAGGAAGUCCAGCAUGUGCAGCAGCCUGAACAGCGUGAACAGCAGCGACUCUCGCUCCAGCGGCUCUCACUGCCACUCCCCCACCUCACACUUCCGUUACCGUGCCUCCUCCUCGUCCUCCUCCUCGGUGCUUCCUCAGCAGACGCCGGCCCGCCUCUCCUCCGUCUCCUCCCAUGACUCCGGAUUUAUCUCUCAGGACGCCUUCCAGUCCAAAUCCCCCUCGCCCAUGCCCCCGGAAACAUCACAGUUGUCCAAUGGUUACGACCAUCACGCUGCCCUCUGUCUGCAUGGAAUGGUACUGCAGGCCCAGGACACCCACCUCCACCCCCCAUACUUCACCUCCUCCUCCUCCUCUUCCUCCCCCAUCUCCUCGCCCUCCUAUUCGUCCGUGUCUCCCACCUGGCCGUGGUGUCGUUCAGGCUCCGGCCAAUCAGGAGAGCUGAUCCUGUCGUCCCGCGUCCCAUCCUGGAAGGACUGGGCCAAACCAGGACCAUACGAACAGGGAAUGGUCAAUACGCUGAAGAGAAGCAAAGACCGCAGAGAGACUACAGAUCCCAUCAGUCACCAGGGCUCUGACAUCACCACACCUGCAGAAGAACCAGCAGGUGUCAAAGGAAGCCCCUCAGGGACGUCAGCCAAGGAGGACCGCGAGGCCCACGAGGAGCUGGCCCGAGCAUUGGCCAGGGGCCUCAGGUUGGACAUCCACGGCUCCAGCAGAGACUCUCUGCAGGGUUCGAGUGGCUACAGCAGUCAGACCAACACGCCAUGCUGCUCAGAGGACGCCAUCCCCUCACAAGUAUUGGACUGUGAUUAUUACUCUGUGGGGGCGGAUCCGGAUGGCGAGCAGCAGCAGUCGUCAGACUUCGAUAAAUCCUCCACUAUCCCUAGAAACAGCGACAUCACUCAGUCCUACCGCCGCAUGUUCCAGUCCAAACGCCCUGCCUCCACCGCCGGGCUGCCCUCCAACCCGUCUGCUGUCAUCACCCCUGGAGUCGCCACCAUCAGAAGGACACCGUCCUCCAAACCCAACCUGCGACGGCCCUCUGGGGGCCUCAACCUGGGCCCCAUCCCCAUCAAACCCCCCAUGAUCCCGGUGAAGACUCCGACCGUGCCUGAACAUCCGGGUUUCCCCAGCAGGUCGGCAUCAGAGGACGGGAAUACGCCGCAAACGCCGCUCAGUCCAACAACGCCUCUGACACCAGGAUGCAGUGGGUCGCCAAAAACUGGCGCCUGGCAGCAUGCAGGGGAGGGGUCAGAUCCUCCAACGCCACCGCCACAGCCCAGCGGCCGGGUGGAGUGGGACCGCGGGUAUCUGCCUGAGCUCCUCGAGGAGACGGAGUACGGCGAGGUGGAGGACUAUCUGGUGGCUAUUCGACGAGGCGUCAGGCUCAAGAAAACGACCACCAACGACCGCUCAGCACCAAUUAUUCACUGAGAGCGC